AUGUCGACCGACUUCUUGUCGUAUCUCAAUAUUUUUGACCCGAGUCUUCUUCAAGACAAAGAAUCUUUAACAGUCGCUUUAGAGGUCCUCGAGGGCACUGUUGAUUCCGACACCGCGGAAGCUAUCAUCAAGCGAGCCGUCGAGGUGCCGCAUGCGCUUGAAUUCAUCUUCUCAGCAAUACCGGCCGACACUUCCAAAAUUCUCUCGUCGUGGAUACUGGACGGAUUUCCGGACAGUUUAGACGCCGUCUCUGCGGAUAAAUGGCACUUAUCCUUACUGUCUCGAUUGGCAAAAUUCUUAACCUUCUUGCCUUACCCAACCCGCGAUGAUGAGCCUCAGCAACUCCAUACAUGUUCACGCGCGGUCGACAUCGCACCUCCAGUCCUCAUCGAGCUCGAAGGCAUGCUUGCAGAUCCAAGCAUGCUAACGGGCGACGACGCAGGAACUCCCGUGUCUCCUUCAAAAAAGAAAAUACCUCCACGAGGUGAAAGGCGGUCCCAGGCAGCUCUCCGCGCCACCACCUUUCUUGAUCCCAAACCUUUUCAAGCUAUGGACGUCCAAAUCCCCACUUCCUUGACGGAGGCGGGGGCCCUGGCUGCACGUAUCCUUCUUGAUCAAAAGAAUAUUCUUGAGUACUUCAUUAUUGUUCUGCGUCGAUCCGCUCUCCGCUCUCUCAUCAAAAACGCAUAUUUAUCCCUUGGGAUAGUGGCGCCAUUGAGCAAUAACACCAGGUUCGAGACAGCUGCCUCGCCAUCACAGGAUCCUAUGAGUCCGUCAGAGCCUAUCCGCAACACUCAGCAGCUUCCGGAGACUGUUGUUCCCUUUCGGGCGAAAUUAUACGAAGAGAGUGCGAAGGGAUUGGGCGAGUGGAGAAUUUGGCUGUCUGGUCGUGCCGAAGAGGAUCUGCGGAAGAGGAAAAAGGCAGAUGCAAGCAACUUCGCCAUCAUUAUGAAGAAAUUGAGCGAGCUGUCUCACGGGAAAUUCUCUGAGACCAACAUGAAACGUAUCACAGGCCCUCAGACUCCCGUCCACAUCUACGAGGCCAGACUUCCUGGUGAUCCUAGGAUUGUGUACCAAGUCGAUUGUAUGCAGGAAUUUCAGUCAGAUAACGAGCAUCAAGUUCUUACAAUACACGGCAUCAUGAGCCACACGGAGAUAAGACGAAGCGUAUGGGAGCGGAUAGGGCGUCUCCUAGGCAGAAAAGGCAAAUCCUAUCAAGAACGAUGCCGAUACCGAAACCAUCCCCGCCACAUCGGGGAAGACAUCUAUUUACCGGCUGCUUUUGAUGGUAUACAUGAAGAGAACGCGGACGAGUUGAACGUUCUCGAGGAGGUUCUCGAUGAAGAGGAUCAAGCUCAAAUGCAGAGUUUGUUAGUUCAUGAGAAGGCGUCAUCAAAAGCAAGUCUAUCUACUUGUGAUCUUCAAUGCAUACUCAACAGCAGCUGUGCCACAGGUAUCCUUACCGACGGGCCCCUCGCCCAUGUUCACCGACUCUCCUCACAAGAGCAAGAAGUUGUGGAAUGGCCUUAUUCAUGCUACGUCCUAGGACGUAGUGGGACGGGCAAAACUACGACGAUGAUCUUUAAGAUGGUCGGUAUCGAGAAAGCGUGGUAUGAGUCAGACCGCCAGCUUCCUCGUCCAAGGCAGGUCUUCGUGACCAAGUCUCGCAUGCUAGCGGACAAGGUUGAGGACUAUCUCAUGAAACUUCUCUCCUCGACGAUCCCCACUGAAGGAAGUGGAGAUUAUGCUUCCGUUGCGAGAUGGAGGCGGCAAGGGCCGCGCGUUCGAGACAUGAUCAAUAUAGAAGAAGAUGACCAGUGGCGCGCAGAUUUACCUCGCAAGUUCAGCGAGCUAGGCGAAGAGCAUUUUCCUUUGGCAGUUCCGUUCGAUGUGUUAUGUGGAAUGGUCGAGGCCGAUCUCCUCGAAGACUCCGAAAAUGAGCCCAAACAACACUCUGACUCCCAUCGACGAAUGCUAUCGUAUGAAGUGUUCAAGACUCCUACAUUAGUUUAUAGCGAGAUCAUAGGUGUAAUAAAGGGCUCCGAAGUUACACUCAAGCUACCCGGACGUGCCAUGGACCGUCAAACGUACGAGGAACUUAGCCCUAGAAUGCAACCGACGUUCGCCAAUACUCGCUCCCGAUUGUACGACCUUUACCAGCAAUACUUGAAGCGAAAGCGUGAACUAGGAGAUCGUGAUCCCGCCGAAAGGCUUGUUCCUUCUCGCCGAGGCACUGAAUCAUUUUCUUACUUGCUUUCUAUUAUGGACAGAACUCACGACCUUCUCAGCUCCAUUCGAUCAAAACAAAUCCUGAGGAAAAAGGUCGACUAUCUGUAUGUUGAUGAAGUGCAGGACCUUCUAUUGAUCGACACACUUGGUAUGAUAUUCGUGGUUUUGCGUUGGUAUGAUGGGAAGAUAAUGACGAAGAACCAGUUCUACGCUGCAUCUGUCAAAACCCCUCCGGGUUAUUCUGGGCCGGAGACACCGCCCAAACGAUCUCUCUCGGAAGUGCCUUCCGCUUCAAUGACCUCACGGCAUUUCUUUAUCGCAUCGAGGCAGGAGGGGUCCCGAGCACGACAAACUCUUGCGAGGCCGGCGUUCAAGACACCCCAAUUCUUCCAGUUGCUGGUCAACUAUCGAUCACACGGAGGCAUUGUGGACUGCGCUCACUCGACCAUAGAGCUGAUCAAAGCCUUCUGGCCGUACUCCAUCGAUAUCCUUCGGCGCGAGAGAGGAACUGUCGCUGGCUCAAGGCCAAUAUUCCUGUCGGAGUGGACUGACUUACAAGAGCAAUCAUUUUUUCAGCCCGACUCCGAGGUGGAUACUCCUAUCGAACUGGGUGCUCAGCAAUGUAUUCUGGUUCGGAACAAUGAGGUAAGAGACAGGCUGAAAAGCCGGCUGGGAGACAUUGGUGCUAUAUUGUCACUCUACGAUAGCAAGGGCAUGGAAUACGACGACGUUAUUCUGUACAACUUCUUUGAGGACUCCUCAGUUGACCGUGCGCAGUGGCGAAGAGUCAUUCAUGAAGCCAUUUCAUGCGAUACGCGAGAUACCUUCGAAGUCGGGCAUGCCAAUGCUGGACUCUGCGUUGAGCUUAAAUUUUUAUACGUCGCCAUCACACGAGCCCGCAACCGUCUCGUCUUCAUGGACCGCUCACUCACGAGUGAACCUAUGAAGUCCUACUGGAAGCAUAAAAAUCUCGUCGACAUUCGUACCGGGGCUGACAGCGUACUGACGAAUUUUGCCAAAAGAUCAACGCCGGAAGAAUGGGCCAGUCGAGCUCGCCAGUAUUUCGAUUCUCAGCAGUACGACCUAGCCAAAGCUGCCUACCGACGCGCCCAAAUGCCACGGGAAGAGGGAAUAUCUUCAGCUUAUGCUCUCCAAGCUGAAGCAGGCUCCACCAUAAACAGCAAGCCGCGCGCUAUUGCUUUUACGUCGGCUGCAGAGGCUUUCAUAAGGUCUGUGGCUGAUCACGACAAUUCAAAGAAGGAGAGGGCAACUUUCUACGCUCAAGCAGGUAAUUGUUACAGUCAUGCCGACAAGCACAGUGAAGCUGCGGCUUCCUUUGUGAAAGCCUCGAUGUGGACGCAUGCGGUAGUGCAUUAUCAGAAAGCUCGCAUGCUUGACGAAGCGGUUUCGAUCGUCAUGGCUCACAAAGACGAGGUCGAGCACACCGUUGCCGACAAGGUGGUGAACACUGCGCGCUAUACAUAUCUGAGCCAAGAACGUCUCGAGGAAGCAAGGGGUUUAUUCGAUGCCGAUGAGGAGCAAGUCGAAUUCAUGGUUGAGCAUGAUUUCGGAGUGGCUCACGCCACAGUGCUCGAAUCUCGAGGUCAGUUAUUUGAAGCUGCAAAUUUGAGGCUACAAGAAGGGGACAUUAUGUACGCCAUCCGUCUCCUGGUCAAGGAUCGUCAGAGCUUAGCAUCGUGCGAACGAGCGGCCGCACUGGUGUUAGAGGAUUUGUGGCGUACACUGUCGUUUGCUACCGGCCGCACAGAACGCAACACACAGCGCCUCAAAACUCUCUUCGAGUCCAUUCAUGACUUGGGAAAGAGUAUGCUGACACCAGAACAACAGCAAGAGCUGGAUGUAUUCGAAGCUAUAUACACCUCCAACCAUCAAGCACUCGAAGGCCUUAUCAACUCCAUGAUUGGUCCUGAUCUUGAGUAUCCCAAGGCAUUGGCUCUUCUAGCUCUUGACCACCUCUUCGGAGACGUGACAUCCCUCCCUCUCACUACGCCCUUCUGGCUGAAUCGUCUCGACACCGUUAUGCGAUCCCUUCUCCCACAACAAGGCAAUAUAUCCCUGAUUCGCCUGGAUCUCAUUCCGGAGGGCGCCGCUGCAUUCCGUGGAGUAAAGCGAUGGGUUCUCGAUGUCCUUCAGAACCUCGAUCCUACUCGCCCUGGACUUCAGCGCGGGUUUUUGACAAACUUUUUCGAAGCCGCUACAAUAGGUCAGCUCGUCGACAAGCCCCGCAUCAAUGGCGUCCUUGGCCGCGUUUAUUGCGUCCACCAUUGCUAUCAUCCUGAUCUACGUUUACGAACCGUAAGAGGCGACGUCAACACUCUUCACGCCUUGGUAGAUUUUUUCAGGGCACAGGGGCCUUCAGACCUAGUGCGCGGUGCAUUGUUCCUGGAGUAG